AUGAUCGAACAUCCAAAUCAAUUCGAGGAUGCAUUAGAGGAAGAUGAAGUAGAACAAGAUAUCGAUUUAUCAAGAUUAUCAAUUCUAACCAAACCAAAUCCAAUUCAACCGAUUUCAAAUCUAAUCACCAAAGAAAAACUAGAAGAAGAAAUCAGUACAUCUGAUGAAGAAUUGAUAUUCGAAGACGAAGAAGAAGAAGAUGAAGCAGAAGAAGAAGAAGAAGAAGGAUUUAUAGAAGAAGAUUUCGAUGCAGUGGAUGGUCAAGAUUGGGAAACCUUAGCAGGAGAUUUAACCAAACGAUACAAUCGAUUACGCCAAACUGUUGUAGCCACUCAAUCAGAUAAAGUUACUGAUCAAUUGAUUUCACUUUCAUCAAAGUAUUCUAGUAAGAUCAGUUUAGGUGAUUUGAAUUCGACUUCGACUCGUAAAGGAGGAUUCGAAAGAUUAAAUCAUACAGAUCGAUCAGAUCGAGCUACCAACGAACAAGUCUUAGAUCCUCGUACUCGUUUAGUCUUAUUUAAAAUGUUAGGUAGAGCUUUAUUAGAUCGAAUCGAAGGUUGUAUCUCAACAGGAAAAGAAGCCAAUGUAUAUCAUGCCAUCUCUCUUAUAGAUCAUUUCUCAGGUCAAUCAAAACCCAUCAGUUUAGCAUUAAAGAUUUAUAAAACUUCGAUUUUGGUUUUUAAAGAUCGAGAUCGAUAUGUGACUGGUGAAUUUAGAUUUAGAUCAGGUUAUGCGAAAAAGAAUCCAAGAAAGAUGGUCAGGUUAUGGGCCGAAAAAGAGUUACGGAAUUUGAAAAGAUUAGCUGAAAAGAAAAUUAGGUGUCCUAGAGUAUUGGAAGUUAGAUCUAAUGUUUUAGUGAUGGAAUUCUUGGCUUUAGAAAAUGAUGAAGAAGAUGACUGUAUGGAAGGUAGUUGGAAACCUAGUCCUAGACUUAAGGAUGCUCGAUUACCUAACCUUGGUCAAGGAUUAGAAGAAUUGUAUUGGGAGUUGAUGGCUAUGGUUAGGAUCAUGUAUCAACAAUGUAAAUUGGUACAUGCCGAUCUUAGUGAAUAUAACAUUCUAUAUCAUCGGGGUCAUCUUUAUAUCAUUGAUGUCUCUCAAUCAGUCGAACACGAUCAUCCAUCAUCUUUUGAUUUCCUACGAUCAGAUUUAACAAACGUAGAUCAAUUUUUUUCAAAACUAGGUGUCAAAACCCUUGGCCUAAAGAAAUCAUUUGAAUUUACAACUGAGAAAAGAUCCAAUUCCGUCGAAACUGAAGAAGAAUUAAUCGAAUUGAUUAAAGAGUUGAUAGAUUCAAAUGAUCAGAUUGAAGAACAAGAGGAUCAUCAUGAUGAAGUUAAUCAAAGUAAUCAUGAAGAAAUCUUUAGACAAGCUUAUAUACCUCGUACACUUAAUGAAGUUUAUGAUGCUGAAAGAGAUGUAGAAUUGAUUUUGAAAGGGAAAAGUGAAGAUUUGAUUUAUAAGAAUCUAACUGGUUUGAAUAUUAAAGAGAUUGAAAAAGAAGAAGAAGAAGAAAUUGAAUUAAAUGAACAAGUGAUUGAAGAAGAAGAUGAGGAAGACGACGACGAAAAUGAUGAAGAUGAGAAUGGAUUUGAAAGUAAAGGACCUAAAGGAUUUAAAUUUGAAGAUAAAGAAACGAAAAAAGAAAGAAAAGCUUUAGUUAAAGAAGCACAAAGGAUCAAAAGAAAAGAAAAAAUACCUAAAUCUGUAAAGAAAAGACAAGUGUCUAAGACAUCUGGAAAAAGAUGAUGAUUUAUGAUUUUUUUCUUAUUUUAGUUUGCAGUUUGGGUUUUAUUCUUGGAUUUCUUGAAUUUUGUUUUUUUUUCUUUGUGUAAUUGAUUUCUGAAGGUGCAAAUUGAUGAAAAGCAUAUACUGUUACAGAUG